CUUUGGAGCUGACCGUGAGGAGCUAGCUGGUGGAGCAGUGGUCGCUGUGACCAGUGAGGUCCUUACUUUGAUCCUCAGUGAAGCCAGAUAGGCUGCCUUAUUGGACAGAGCCUCUGAGCUACCUGCCAGGACAAAGUGGAGCAGACACCUUCUCGUUCACAAGGCCGGGCAAGGCCUAGAUUUUCUCGACCGACAAACCAUCCAGAGGAUGAUUUGGAUCUAGAGACGCUGGUGAAUGAUAUGAACGAAUCUCUAGAGAGCCUUUACUCAGCGUGCAGCAUGCAGUCCGACACAGAACCCCUCCUGCAGAAUGGCCAACACGCCAGCAGCCAGCCUGAAGCAAGCAGUGCCCGGCCCGCGCAGCCGCAGGCCUCCCCCAGGCAGAAGGUGCAGCGCUCCCAGCCUGUGCACAUCCUCGCCGUCAGACGGCUUCAGGAGGAAGACCAGCAGUUAAAAACUUCAUCUCUGCCGGCCAUCCCCAACCCGUUUCCUGAGCUCUGCGGCCCUGGGAGCCCUCCUGUGCUCCCUCCAGGCUCCUUACCUCCAAGCCAGAGCCAGGCUCCCGCCAAGCAGGAGGCAAACCCGGAGAAAGCCGAAGUCACCAGAGCAAGCCACCAAAGUCUCCCUGUUCCCAGACCUGCUCCUCCGAAAGUACAGGCCAAGGAUGUUAAAGUCUUUAGUGAAGAUGGGACAAGCAAAGUGGUGGAGAUUCCAACAGACAUGACUGCCAGGGACCUGUGCCAGCUGCUGGUUUACAAAAGUCAUUGCGUGGAUGACAACAGCUGGACCCUGGUGGAGCACCACCCCCACCUCGGAUUAGAGAGGUGCUUGGAAGACCAUGAGCUGGUGGUCCAAGUGGAGGGCACCAUGGCAAGUGAAAGUAAAUUUUUAUUCAGGAAGAAUUAUGCAAAGUAUGAGUUUUUUAAGAAUCCUAUGAACUUCUUCCCAGAGCAGAUGGUGACUUGGUGCCAACAGUCCAAUGGUGGUCAGACUCAGCUUUUGCAGAAUUUUCUGAACUCCAGUAGCUGUCCUGAAAUCCAAGGAUUUUUGCAUGUGAAGGAGAUGGGAAGAAAGUCAUGGAAGAAGCUGUAUGUGUGCUUACGUAGAUCUGGCCUUUAUUGCUCCACAAAGGGAACCUCCAAAGAACCCAGACACCUGCAGCUUCUGGCUGACCUGGAGGAGAGUAACAUCUUCUCCCUGAUUUCUGGGAAGAAGCAGUACGGUGCACCCACAGACCAUGGGCUCUGCAUCAAGCCAAACAAAGUUAAGACUGAAACUAAAGAGCUGAGACUGCUUUGCGCAGAAGAUGAGCAAAUCCGCGCAUGCUGGAUGACAGCUUUCAGGCUCCUCAAGUAUGGAAUGCUUCUCUACCAGAACUAUCGCAUCCCUCAGCAGAGGAAGGCCUUGCUGUCUCCCUUCUCCACACCUGUGCGCAGUGUCUCCGAGAACUCCCUUGUGGCGAUGGAUUUUUCUGGACAAACAGGAAGAGUGAUAGAGAACCCAGCUGAAGCCCAGAGCGCUGCUCUGGAAGAGGGCCAUGCCUGGAGGAAGCGUAGCACAAGGAUGAAUAUCCUGGGUAGCCAAAGCCCUCUCCAUCCUUCUACUCUGAGUUCAGUGAUUCACAGAACUCAGCACUGGUUUCAUGGCCGCAUCUCCCGGGAGGAGUCGCACAGAAUCAUCAAGCAGCAAGGUCUUGUGGACGGGCUUUUCCUCCUCCGUGACAGCCAGAGUAACCCAAAGGCGUUUGUACUCACACUGUGUCAUCACCAGAAAAUUAAAAAUUUUCAGAUCCUACCUUGUGAGGAUGAGGGGCAGACAUUCUUCAGCUUGGACGACGGGAACACCAAGUUCUCCGACCUGAUCCAGCUGGUUGACUUCUACCAGCUCAACAAGGGAGUCCUUCCCUGCAAGCUGAAGCACCACUGCAUCCGCGUGGCCUUAUGAUUUCGUUGUCCUCGGCCGAGGCAGCAACACUGGAAUGGAGAGGAAAGGCUUGCACGAGGGUGAGACUCACAUCUAUUCUCACCCAGGGACUUAGACCAACAUGGCUUCGUUCGGUACCCACCAACCAGAAUCAACUAGGUUGUUGGACUUUGUGAAGAUUGGCUGCUGCAGAUGCCUCCCUGUGUGCCAGCCAAAUUGGGGAGGCAUGAAAGAUCUGGCACAGGCAUGGGAAGAAGCUGGACUGACCAUCUCGGCUGGGCCAUUAGAACGAGAACCGCAGAGAAGUGAUUGGAAAUGAACUCUUGCCCUGGAAUAAUCUUGACAAACUGAGAUGUUUACUUUUUUGUAUUGAUCACUUUUUUGCACUCCUUCUUUGUUGUCAACGUUGUAUUCAGCCUAUGGUAGCAGGGGAUGUGGCUUUCAAAUCAUGUAAAACAGAAAGAGUGUUGAAUUGGCAGACUGAAAAUGGUCCCCACAGGUUUCCAGAGGGCAGUUCACAAUCCUUUGUAGGUUGGCACAGUGUGGAUCUGGCUCCCACCUUACAGACCACCCCAGCCCUUCCCAAGCAUACUUGAAAAGCUUUUCUUUUCCUAAGAUAAAAGGUGUCAACAGUGGCCAGCAUACGGCAUGUUUUGCGGUCUGAGUCAAGCUUCCGUAGUCUGCUAGUCAUUACUGUAGUAGUGCGGGUGUCUGACCAUCUUGUUAAUAAACAGUGCUUCUCAUUCUCCA